AUGACGGAGCAUAGCGUCACUGCCAACGACAGGGACAGGAGCAGGAACAGGAACAAGGACAUGCCAGUGGAGCCCCCAUUCAAGACGUUAAUAAAGCGACGCACACGCAGCACAUUCCAUGGGUGUAGGGUGCCAAAAGCUGAGCCCGAGGAGAAGGCAGACGAAAACGGGGACAAGCAGGACGAAGACGAGGACGAUGACUUGGAUAACGAGGAAUUCGGAGAGCAGGAUAAUGGACUCACCGAGAAAACGUUCAAAUUUGAUGAUUUCGCUCGCAGAUUGCUGAAUCCGAAAAUUGUUCGCGCCUGCACAUUAGUGCUAUCGGAUUGGGCAGAUAUACCCACGAAAUCCUUAAAGGCGGCAGUUACUAUAUUACAUCGCAUCGCCUACGGCUGCAAAUGCUCGGGAAUGCUUUUUCAGGCCAAGCUGUUUCGCAUCUUUCAACAAGUCUUCAGCGUGGAACGUGACGUCCAUCAGGAGGAGCUGCGUCGCCUGGCCAUCUUUGUGGUGCGCAAAUUUGUCGAGGUGGCCCCGACUAAUCCCAAAAUCUAUGCAGAGUUAUUAUUUUACAAAGGCAUCAGGGAGGCGAAUGAGCUGGAGACGGGCUAUUGUGACGCCUACGAAGCCGGCACCAAAGGAGCCUGGAGCGAGGAACAGGAGUCGGAGCUGCGCUUCCUCUUCGAGGAGAACCAACGCAAUCCUGAGACCGAUAAGGAUGUGAUUGAUUGGAUUCUGGAAAAUUUGGUCGACAAGACGCGCAAUCGUCGCACAGUACUGAAGAAGCUAAAGGAAUUGGGCCUGUUGUUCAAGGCACCCACCAAACGUUCGACCAAGUCGGCCCAGGGCGGCAAAAACCUCUGGCAGCCGGAAGAGGACGAGGAGCUAAGGAGCUUAUACGAUCAGCAUCGCAUUGAACCGGACUGCCUGGAGCGAAUUGUCCAUGAGUUUGAGGAGCGGCGCUCCAAGCAGCAGAUCAUCAAGCGGAUGCUGGAGAUUCACCUGAUAGCGGACAAGUCGGAGAUUCUGCCCGCCAAAAAGGGGCGUGGCAAGGGCAAGGCCAAGAAGCAGUUGCCCGAAAUUGGAGGCGAGGGCGAUGAGUACGACUUUGCCGAGGAGCCCAUGUUCGAGGACGAGGGUUAUAAAAAGCCCAAGGCGAAACCUAAAAAAUCCCAGAAACGCCAGGUGGUCCGAACACCCUUGGAUGUGGGCACUGUCAAGGCUCUAAUCGCUCAGGUGGAUGGCGACAAGUAUCAAUCCGCCAUUGAGUGGCUACAGGAAUGUCUGCAGGAUGCCAGCGAGGAUACAGAGGAACCAGCCGAGGAUGACGACGGCGUACCACUAUUGCCCCUAAUGGAGGCUCAAAAGGAUGCCAUGGAGGAUGGGGACUUUCAAAAGGUACUGGUCGCCCUGGGCAUGCAGCCGCCCAUUGUGGGCAUGGAAACCUACUGGCGAAUUCCCACCUAUUUAAAUGCUGCGGAUUUGCAAGUCCGUUCUAAGAUUUUGUUGGGAGAAGAGGUGAAUUUGAAUGCCGAAGACGAGGCAGCCGACGAUGAUGAUGAUGAGGAGGAGGAGGAAAGCGAGGAAGAGGAGGACUUCCUAGAGAAGCACAGCAGGCAGCGGCAGAAGAACAUAGCGGCUGAGCAGCAGCGAAAACUUGAUAGCCUCAUGUUCAACCAGAGCGAUGACGAAACCGAGCAGCGUGCUCCGCCAAAAGCCAAGGACAAGCCCAAGGCCAGCGAAAAGAAGGCCAAGCGAAAGGUCAAAGAUAAAGGCAUCGAGUCGAAGGACUCUGGUGACAAAGGGGCAGAUAAACCAGAGCUGGAGAAACCCAACACGGAUGAUUUAUUUGAUCAAUUGAGAGCCAAGCGAGCCACUAAAAUCAAGCUGAGCGAUAUGGCUCUAAAUGAGUCAACAAAGGCCGCUCAAGAGGCGGACGAUGAUGCAUUUAACUUCAACUCGGAGGACUAUCGUGCCCGGCUGCUCGAGCUGGAGGAUGAGGAGGAGCAGAAGGACGAGGAUGCCGGUGCCAAUGAGGACAAAGAGAACAAUACCAAUAAGUCCCUGCAGCGUGCACGUCGCGUUAAUGUAAUUGACUCGGAUAGCGACAACGACGAUGAUGGCGCCUUGCCUGCCGACAAGACAAACAAACGCCCGCGCAGCGAUGACGAUCGGGAGGAUGGGGAUGGUGAUGCCCACGCCAACGAGGACAGCGAGGACGAGGAGGCCAACUUUCUGGCUCGCAAAAAGCCAGCCAAAGUCGAUGGUGAGCCGGCCAAGCGGCGUCGGUUGGCCAUCAUCGAUGACGAUGAUGAGGAUGAUUUUUAAUGCACUCCCCCGUUCUGCUUGUGAUUUUAUAGCUCACCGGAAUGGAAGUUCGAAUAAAUGUAACUUUUAAUUUGCA